UAUAUGGAAAUUAGAUUAGUACCUUAGUUACUAAAUUGAACUGAGGGGAAAAUUUUUUUUCAAGGGCACGAGAACUCUCAAUUCCGUCUUCAUUAUGUUGAAGAUGGACGACAGAAGUACAGAAAUUGAGUCGUCUUCGAACCUCUCAGAGGAACAAAAUGACAUCACAGAUAUACCCAGCGGUAGCAGAAGCAGAGAAGGAAAGAGUAGAAGAAAUCUAAUUGGUUUCUGGCUUCUUGGCUUAUGUAACAACUUUGGUUAUGUGGUUAUGUUGAGUGCUGCUCAUGAUAUUCUUCAUGAAGAGAAAAACAGUGAUCAAGGAAACCAAACUUCAAACAAUGCAAGUUUGACAUUGGAUAUUAGUGGAUCAUUUAACUCAACUGAUGGUUUAGAAUGUAACCCUCUGUCGACUGGGACUGUUCUUUUGGCUGAUAUUUUACCAACACUCAUUAUCAAGAUUACAGCACCCUUCUAUAUGCAAAGAAUACCAUACAGCAUACGCAUGGCAAUAUGCGUUUUGUUUGCCUUUGCAAGUUUUUUCAUUGUGGCCUUUUCUCAAGCACUCUGGUUUAGUUUGUUAGGUGUGGUAUUUGCAAGUAUAAGUUCAGGAUUUGGAGAAAUCACAUUACUGAGCUAUUCAGCUCAUUUUGACAAAGAUGUUGUAUCAACAUGGUCUUCUGGCACUGGGGGUGCUGGAGUAUUUGGUGCACUAUCCUAUGCUGGGUUCACCUCCGCAGGGGUCACUCCCAGAAACACAGUCCUAAUAAUGAACGUCAUACCAUUUACACUAGGAGUCAGCUACUGGUUCAUCCUUGAACAUCCCAAGGGUGUAACUGAACGGGAACCUUUGUUGGAAACAGAAAGGACAGAAGGGGCUGAAAAGCUCCCUGUUGAUCCGCUUACGAUUAAAGUGAAACUUAUCAUUACCAAGUCAUUGUUGAAGUUUAUGCUGCCGUUAUUCUUUGUUUACUUUGCGGAAUAUUUCAUCAACCAAGGUUUGCAUGAAUUAAUAUACUGGAAUAGGAUUUGGUUAACACCUUCAGAGCAGUACAGAUGGUAUCAAGUUGACUACCAAAUUGGCGUCUUUAUAUCACGUUCAUCUGUUAAUAUCUUCCCUAUCAAAAAGAUAUGGAUAUUGGCCGUUCUACAGAAUGUAAAUCUUGUUAUACUCCUGUGCGAAGCGUAUUUCCACUUCCUGCCAUCAGUGUGGAUCAUGUUCUUGAUUGUCCUAUACGAAGGGCUUCUCGGAGGUGCUUGUUACGUCAAUGCGUUUUAUAGGAUUUCACAAGAGGUUCCACCGAAGCAUAGGGAGUUCUCAAUGGGUGUGACAAGUAUGGCUGACAGUUGCGGCAUAGCACUAGCUGGGGCUACUGCUCUGCCUACCCAUAAUGCUCUUUGUACAUACUGGAGAAACAAGAUUAGAAGUUAACGGUUACUCUGGUGACUGAAUAAAUGGAUGAAUUUUUCAACCAUUGAA